UAUGUAUCGACAAAGCAGAGAAAUCUCUCCGAGUCGGAGUUAGCAUCGUCGACGUUGCGAUGGAGAAGGAAGCGAGUAGCACCGACGACCCUUCUUCGUUCACGCUUCUAGUGUCGUGUCCUUCCGGCCUUUCACCUUCACAGGUUUCUGUGGCAUUCAGCGACGCCUACGACCGGAUCCCCCACUCUGACGUCAUCUUGGAGAACACGAUUUCCGAGAUAUGGAAGCAGAGGAGUCAGAAGAACAAUUCGCUCUUCAAUGGGAAGAAGUUCAGGUAUGGAGGGUGUGUUUUGCAUGCCAAAGAUGGAUCCGACCAUGAAUGUGAACCGCAUUUAUGCCUCCAUCUAGGUUUGACAGAUUACAGGACUUUUGUGGGGACAAAUUUAAGUCCUUUGUGGGAAAGGUUCCUGGUUCCAUCAGAAGAUGAUUCUGUUCUUUGUCAGCACACCUCCAAUCCACUAGGAAAUGGUGCAGUGGUGGAAACAAAUGACAACAAAAUACUUGUAUUACAACGAAGUGAUAAUGUUGGUGAAUUUCCUGGACAUUUUGUUUUCCCUGGAGGCCAUCCUGAGCCUCAAGAAAUUGGUAUAACAUCUCAUCAAUAUAACAAGGAGUUAACAGAAUCUAUUAACACUAAGGUUUCACAGGAGAUGUUUGACAGCAUUGUUCGUGAAGUAGUUGAAGAAAUUGGAGUGCCGGCUUCAUCCCUUAGCAUCCCGGCUUUCAUUGGUAUAUCUCGCAGGAACUUGAAUGUUAGACCAGCUGCAUUUUUCUUUAUUAAAUGCGGUCUUGACUCAAAGGAAGUUCGGCAGUUUUAUUCAAGUGCACAAGAUGGCUAUGAGUCAACUCAGCUAUAUGCUGUUCCAAUGAUUGAAAUAGAAAACAUGACUUCUAGGAUGCCUGGCUGUCAUCGAGGUGGAUUUGCCCUCUAUAAAUUGAUGGUUGACACCAGGAAGAUUACUUGAUGGAAAUUUGUAGCACUCACAGGUGUCAAGAAUCGUAGUUGCUUGCCUUCAAGGAUUUUUCCUGCGUGAUGUAGUUUGAUGCUGACAUUACCGAGUUGAACCUCCACUUCCCCGCCCAAUGAAAGAGACAUAAUUUAACCGAGUGCAAAUCUUCCCACUGAAUAGUGAAUGCUACAGAUGUUCUAUUUCAUUGCAAUAGAUUAUACUCAUGCUUGUUUUCAAUUCAUACCCAAAUAAAAUGAGGACAAAACUAAGAUGCAAUUGUUUAGGACCUUGGGUAUUUUUAGUAUUAUUCUUAAAUUAGAAAUAGAGUGUCGUCUUGAUAAUUAAUUGUGUAGUAAAGGUUUCCAUUAAAUGUCAACACAAAUAAUUGAGGUGAAAUUUUAAUGCUAAUUAGAGAACAACAUCAAAAUACCUAUAGAACUA